AUGGGUUGUGGAGGAGACAAGGGUAGACAGCGGUUGAGCUGGGGUGUGGAGGAAAGGAAGUGGUGUGAUUUACACUGGCUGAAAGUAAAGGUGGCCACUGAUAGUAGGGCAGCCUCUGAUGGUGGUUCCUUCUGGAAACACUUAUUUAUUCCACAUUUUGGGCCCGUGGUCUUUGGUGAGAAAGCAUUUGAGAAAUUCGGCAAAGGUUUUAUGUCUAUGCAUUUCUCUGAUCAACACUUGGGCAAACACAAGAAGAUGUUGGUGUUUAAGUUUGCUCUCCCAGGCGCCAAUCACAUGGCUGACAUGACUCGAUUGGUGGCUCUCGUACCAUACUACAUUGACCUAGUUGGGAGGUACAAGCUCAGUUCACAGGCUCGAUCUAAAACGGACGCAGCCAGAUCAAAAGCUGCCCAGGAGGCAUACAAAGAACUUCAAAAUGCUAGGCAAGAAGCCUUGCAAAAAAGGAAGGCUGACCGGAGAAAGAUAUUGGAGGAGGCUGAGGCAAAGCUCAGUGCAGAGGCUAUUCGCAAGAAAGAGGCAAAAGAGCGUGCUCGCCAAUUGAAGAAGGCCAUGCCAAAGGUGAAGAUGACUCGUGCUGGCUAG